GCAGCCUGGAAGCAUCCAACUCUUCCCUCCGCUCGAAGUUAAUCAUCUGCUUGUCAUUAACCUGUGCCCUCCCACUCAGCGCUGUAGCUUUAACACGGGCUGUGGCAAGCGGGAGGGAGAACAAGCAGUGCCAGGCCCGGCCCCGAAGCCGUUGCGGAGCCCUCUCUGCUGCCCGGUCAAGUCGGACAUGGGGAGCUGCCGCCUCCCCGCAGCCCUCCUGGCCGCUGCCCUCGCAUCCCUCCUGCCGCCCCCCGCUGCACCUUCGGCCCCCCGCAAGCUCCUGUUGUUCCUGCUCGAUGGCUUUCGCUUCGACUACAUCGACGACAGCGAGCUGGAGGGGCUGCCGGGCUUUCGGGACAUCGUGAACAUGGGGGUGAAGGUGGAUUACAUGACUCCAGACUUCCCCAGCCUCUCCUACCCAAAUUACUACACGCUGAUGACGGGUCGCCACUGCGAGGUCCAUCAGAUGAUUGGAAACUACAUGUGGGACCAAAAAGCAAAUGUAUCUUUUGACAUUGGUGUGAAUAAAGAGAGCCUGCUUCCUCUCUGGUGGAAUGGAUCGGAGCCUUUGUGGGUCACAAUGAUGAAAGAAAAAAAGAAUGUUUCCAUGUACUACUGGCCAGGUUGCGAGGUUGAAAUCCUGGGGGUCAGACCGAGCUACUGCCGCGAGUACUUCAGUGUCCCCACAGACAAAAACUUUGCAGAUGCCAUCAGCGAUGCUCUUGAGUCUUUGAGCAAUGGCAGUGCAGAGAUGGCCGCAGUGUACUAUGAGCGUAUUGACGUGGAAGGCCACCACUAUGGUCCUUCAUCCCAGCAGCGUAAGAAUGCUUUGAAGGAGGUGGACAAAGCCUUGAGCAACAUGAUCACGCUCAUCAAGAGCAAGGGCCUUCAGAAUGACGUCAAUGUCCUCCUCUUCUCUGAUCACGGGAUGACAGACAUCUCCUGGGUGGACAAAGUGAUUGAGCUGAAAAACUAUAUCAAUAUGAGUGAUACCAUACAAAUGAAGGACAGAGGUCCUGUUGUGAGCCUCUGGCCAGCUCCAGAGAAGCACGUGGAGAUAUAUCAGAAGUUGAAAGGUGUGGAACACAUGAACGUUUAUAACGUACAGGAUAUUCCAGACCGGUUUUUCUAUAAAAAAGGAAAAUUUGUGUCUCCUCUGACUCUCGUGGCUGAGAAGGGAUGGUUCAUAGUAGAGAGCAGGGACAAGCUCCCCUUCUGGGAGAACGGGACGGGGAGGAAGGAGGCCUGGCAGAACGGCUGGCACGGCUACGACAACGAGCUCAUGGACAUGAGAGGGUUCUUCCUUGCAUAUGGGCCAGAUUUCCGAUCCAACUACCGAGCACCUCCCAUCAGAUCCGUGGAUGUUUACAACAUCAUGUGCAGCCUGGCAGGGAUACAGCCGCUGCCCAACAAUGGCUCCUGGUCCAGGGUGGAAUGCAUGCUCCGAAACACGGCCCCCUUGGCACCGCUGGCCCCGCGCAGCUGCUGCGCCCUACUGCCAGCUCUACUGCCCCUGCUGGCUGUGCGGAUCUCCUUACUGUGACCCCCAGCAGUGCCACCAUGUCACCAGCCGCGCCACCCCUCUCUUUUCUUCUUCAUUCGAAUAAUAGCUUCAUUAAUAGAGUGCUGCCUCCCACUGCUCCACCAGGCGUGAAUCUGACCCGUCUUGCCUUUACAGCGGGUAUAACAUGAAGCCAGGUUCCGUGCUGCUCCAAACGCAGCCAGGGAAGUCGGUGCUGCUACUCCAGAUUUACAGCACUGGCAACAGCAGCAGAACCCACAAAAUUUCUGGUGGGUGCACGUGGGGACCUCUAAGCACCAAACACAUCUUAACCCAGCAACUGGGAGGCUCACCCUGGCCCCCAGUGCCGGGCAGCUCAGGGUGGAGAUAGACCUCUGUGCAUUUAACUGGGUUCUUUCCGAUUCACUCCUUCACCUCCAGCUCCCUCACCAGCACAGCCCCAACUUCUUACAAUGCCAAGCCCUGUCUAUACCAAGCUGUUCUUCAAAGAGCUUUGCUGAGUGACCGUAACACUGAGAGAGGUGGUCGGUGGGAGAGCAGCCAGAGCAUCCUGCUUCUCUCAGCCUCUCUUUCUUCAUUUUCCACAAAGUGAGGCCUGGCCCUGCACACCUCCAGGGUCAGGCUUUCCUCAUGGACCACGGGAGCAGGGAGGGCUGGGAAAGGGGAGAGUGAUUGAAAUCCUCCACUUCAAAACCAGUAGGACGGUGAAAAGUCACUGGGACACACAGGGGUCAGGAGAAAGAAGGAUGAGGAAUCCUGGCAAUUAACAGCAUCUCUGCCUCUCCUGGUGAAGAUAUCAUCUGCUCAGGUUUGGGGGUUUGUACCUAGUUGUACCUGAAGGCUUUUCAACAUUUACUGCUCUCUCCACUGCUGCCUGGUGAGCAGCACAUUCUCCUCUAACCUGCGGCAGGGAGAGAGGCCUGUACUGAUGGAUCUCCCACCCUCUCAGUUAAUCCUAGCUAAUAUUUCCACCACGGGCUAUCAAGCCCAAACAAAGUCAUAACAGCAAUGUUAAAUAGAGGAAAGGAUAGAGCUAUUGUUGGUGGUGCCUUUGGGAGUGCUCAGCGCUUGUUCUGAUAUACCUCUGAACCAGGAGCUUUCCAUGACAAACUGCCUUUGGAAGGAUUUAGGUCCCUCCCCAUGCAAAAUAAACCUCUAGGACUUACUAUUCCUGUGGAUCCAGAGUCAAGCAUGAUCCAUGUGUGUGCAUGUGGUACACUGCAUUUAAGGGUGAGUGAUUACACGGCAGAAAAAAAACCAAACACCAAAUUAAACUUGACAAAAGACACUGUAAUGGCCAUAAGGAUUUAUGUAAUGUGUCUUUAAAGCUCAAGUGAGCCAUCAAAUCAAUUGGGAGAAGAAAAAGGGAGAAAAUCAGUCUUUGUUAUUAGAUUGUUGAGUAUAAAAGGCAAUUUAGUGCUUUCGAAGCAUUUGCAGUAGCUGUAAAACAAGCACCUAUUGUUCAGAGUUCCCUGUUGCUCUUUAAUGGUCCAGGCUCGAUGAAUUUGUUGGAGCGUAUUUUUAAAGUGAAAAAAAUAUCAGUAUACAAGAAACCAAAUGACUAAAUCACCAAGUUUUGUUCAAAAAUCAACAGGUUGCAGCCAGUGCCUGCUAAUCCCCCCACAGCCUGCCAUUUUAACUCUAUAGUGAGCAGAACCCAAGGUCUUCUUACAGAAGAAAAGACCCUAAAAUGAUAGGGGUAUAUCCAACUUCUCAAUUAUACCAACAGGAAUUGGAAAUAACAAAUAAGGUCCAUCGAGUUGUUCCAGGAUUGGAACAUGACGCAUGGAACCAACACUGACCCUCGUGAGUACUUUGUGUAACUUAUUUUUGUGACUGAUCAUUUUGGUCUGUGUCCAUAUGCAAGUACCGCAGAGUAAAUCUAAUUGCAAUAUGACUUGUUUGACCUUAAUGAAAGCAUUGUGUGUACGGCAAAAGGGGGAUUUGGUGGCAGACCUGCAAGAAAGAAGCUCAUUAGCUUCAGGAGAGCUACAGAUGAUUAUUUUUGAGAAGUGCAUCUUUCUUCCUGGGAAGCGUUGUACCUCUGAAUCAGUUCGCAUUCUCAUUCCAAAAUCACAUGUUUUGACUCUUGCCUAUUUUUCUGUAUACUAUGCAAAGGAGGACGGUGUAUUUUAAAACCUAUUUCUGAAUGAUGUUUUUAUACAAUGACUGAUUGUGAAUGAGUGAAUAAUUCUAAGAAUGGUGUUGGGGAAAAUGUGCACCUUUUUGUAAAUGCUGUAAGGUUUGGGGGAAGAAAAAGACAUUCCCAUAAUGCCUUGCCUUUCUGGUUUGAUUGCUGCAUCAAAGUGUGAUAAACAGUGUUUGAAGCUUGUGCUGAUUAAUCAUCAGAAAGAUAAAUGAUAACAUUGUUUAGAAAUGGCAAAGCUGUCAGAUGUAAAUUAGGGACAUUAAAAACAUCACAGGAGAUACUGUA